AUGUGGCUUGCCUACGUCGAUGAGCCCUCUGGAGACAUCGGCCCAGGAGAUACCGUUGCUACCUCCAUAGCUCCUCAGGAAAACCUUAUGCUUUCCAUCUUACCCAAGCAUGUCGCUGAUGAGAUGUUAAAGGACAUGAAGAAAGAUGAGAGCCAGAAAGACCAGCAGCAGUUCAAUACUAUGUACAUGUACCGCCAUGAGAAUGUCAGCAUUCUGUUUGCUGACAUCGUGGGUUUCACUCAGCUAUCUUCAGCCUGUAGUGCCCAGGAGUUGGUGAAGCUGCUCAAUGAACUCUUUGCCCGCUUUGACAAGCUUGCAGCUAAAUACCAUCAAUUGCGUAUCAAGAUUCUGGGAGAUUGUUAUUACUGCAUCUGUGGAUUGCCUGACUACCGGGAGGAUCAUGCCGUCUGUUCCAUCCUCAUGGGGCUCGCCAUGGUGGAUGCCAUUUC